GACGACGACGACGACACGUCGAUCGACGAUGGAUUCUGACAAUGAUCGACAGCGACGUCGGAGGAGGAUUAGGCGUUGAUUGAUCGAUCAAGGGGGCGUGCAAAGACGCCGUGACAUACUCACCACGGCCACGUGGUCACGCGGGCGGACGGAAAGAGGAGAAAGUCAAAAGUCGAGUCGGCGUCGAGUCGUUGAGGAAAGAGAGUUGGACUGCGUUGCUCUCCGGACUGCAUUGCUCUCUCCCUCUUUGUAUGCUCGCUCACCACCACACGCGAAAGUGAGAUGGCUGGUCCGUCCCCUUCCUCAGACGCAGAGGCAUCCGCGCUCAUCGCCUGCCUGUACGACCGGGCCACCAAGAGCGACUCGAAUCCCAAGCCCCUCGUCCGGCAUACCCUGCACCACGUCCCCUCGACCACUGACCCGGGGCAACGUUUCGCCAUCACGUCGUGGAAGACCGUCGAGUUUGCCUAUCGCAAGGCCGAGAGCGUGGGCGUGGGCAAAGAUCUGCCCACCCUAGCCAGAGGGCUGUUCACCGUCGCUCACACUCUUGAUGAUCAUGACGGUAGCGAGCCAGAAAGCUCAGCGCACGCGGCUGCGAGGCAACGUAUCCUCGUUCGCGGCUAUGACAAGUUCUUCAAUGUGGGAGAGAUGCCUUGGACAAAGCAAGCGUCCAUCGAUCGCUACUCCUCCCCGCCGUACCUACUCACAUUCAAGGAGAAUGGUUGCAUCAUCUUCAUUUCGGCCCUCUCACCUACGCAGCUCAUUGUCACGUCAAAGCAUGCGCUGGAGUCGCUCGAGAAUCAGGAAGGUGAUGAUGUAGCUGGAGAAGAGGGGGAGAAGCGCGUGUCUCACGCUGCAAAGGGGGAGGAAUGGUUGGGCAGGCAUCUGGCCAAGGUCGGCAAGACCAAGAAAGACUUGGCAACUGAGUUGUGGAGUCGAGGAGAGACGGCUGUAGCUGAGCUCUGCGACGAUUCCUUCGAGGAGCACGUCCUUGCCUACCCACCAGAGAGAUCGGGACUACACCUACACGGCCUCAACGCCAACCGCCCUCACUUCUCCACACGCCCCAUGUCCGACGUGAAUGCCUUUGCAACGCAAUGGGGUUUCAUCCCUACCCGCUACCUCACCAUGAACAGCAUGGCCGACGUCAAGGAAUUCACCGAUCGCAUAGGCACCACGGGCGAGUACGAGGGAGAGGCCAUUGAGGGAUUCGUCGUGCGCACCACCAUGCCCGAUGCGCCAGCGCCAGCUGACAGGGUGAAGGGAACAGUUCCGCCCCCUUACUCGCCCGGGCAGACCUGGUUCUACAAGGUGAAAUUCGACGAGCCUUACCUCAUGUAUCGCGACUGGCGAGAGCUAGCGAAGCGCAUGCUGGUCGAUCGCAACAAAUGGUUGGCUGAGAGGCAGCGUGGCAUCGAUCGCGAGGCCGAUGAUGGCAAGGAGCCCGACGAGCUUGUGAAGAGCGCCUCGCGCCUAGAGAUAGACGAUCCCUCCCCUGUCACGGCGGAUGGGGCAAAGAAGAGCAAGAACCAGCUAAAGAAGGAGCAGAAAGCGCGCCAACUUCAACUGCAACGCUCGCUCGGCCCAGCAUCUGGCGCGCCCACUCUACCUCAAGCACCUAAAGCCCGCUCUGAUCGUCCUGAGACGAAGCUCUUCGUCCAGUGGUGCUGGGAUCGCAUGUACGGGAGUCAGGAUGGCAGAGUGCGCGCCCAGCCCGCCUUGUUUGAGGGCCUCAACGUGGGGAAGGGGAUCAUUCGGCUGCGCGAUACUUUCCUUGCGUAUUUGGAGACGGGCGAGGGGAGAGACCGCCUCGCUGCGCUGGGGGGAGCAGAGGGGGCUUUGGCUGCUAGGCUUGGACAAGACGUCAGCACGACGAGUACGCCCACAUCAUCGACGCAGCCCGACACGCGACCCUACACGCACCUGCUACUCCUUCCCAUCUCCCUUCCCGGCGCGGGCAAGACGACCCUCUUCCACUCCCUCUCCUCCCUUUACCCUCGCGCUCUAUCGCACACACAAAGCGACGAUGUCCCCACGAAGAAGAGCGGGCCGACUUUCCUGCGCAACAUCUGCUCUGAGCUCAGUCGCUCCCGCGUGGUACUAGCGGAUCGCAACAACCACUUGCUGCAGCAUCGCGACGAAGUGGUCGAGGCGGUGCGCACCUGGGAGGCUCGCGGGGGCAGGAGUGAGGAGCAACUUCGCGAGGAGAAGAAGAAGCAUUUCCAAAAGUACGGGAAGAAGAUGGGAGCCCCGCCUUUCAGCGAGGAGGUGCCGUUGGAGCAGCGACCCCGCGUCAAGUUCCUCACGCUGCUGUACGAGCUUGACGUCCUGCCGUUCAAUGCGCUUCAUCGCCUUCUGUCGGAUCGCAUCCUCGGGCGAGGGGAUAAUCAUCAGUCCCUCGUUGCGGACACGAGCGCGGCGGCUGGGUGUCGGGCCCACGAGGUGGUGCUUUGGCGCUUCUUGGAGGCUUAUGAGCCCUUUGGCUCAGCGGAGGGGAAGGGGGAGGGGACCAAGGGAUGGGGUGACGUGGUGCUACGCCAGGAAGGGGCGAGCGUGACGCUAAACGUGGAGGCGAGCCUGCGCGAGCAAUUGGAGCAGGUGUGGCAAUGCUUGACGCAGCGAGGCGUCUUGCCUCGCGAGGGCUGCGAGGAGUUGGAGGAAGCGGUGCGCAGGACUACGCCCGCCAUGCUGGAUGAAGCCAUCGAGCGCGCCAAGGGGUACAAGGCUACGCAGAUCAAGAGCCUCCUGCCCGCGCCUGGCAGCACAAAUAGCAGCGUCACAGGCCCGCGCUACUACGCCAUCUCAGUCGAAGUGGACUUGGCGCGUCUCCUCCCUCCCCUUCUCGAGGCCAAGAGCCCGCAAAACCGUGAGCCUCAACGUGCCGCCCGCCUCUCUCGAGCGCGCGCCCUCCUCACCAGCCUCUCCGCAUCCAAGCGCGUGGUGACACGCCCACACAUCACCCUGGUCCACAAUAGCGCGCUACGCCGGGACAUUGGGGACGACGAGGAGUCUGCUCUCCAGUCCCUGCCUGAAGCGGAGCGCAAGGCGGUCCAAGCUGCGAGGAGGAAAUGGCAACGUUACGAGGCACUCUGUGGAGCCGGUGAAGCUGGUGUUGACUUUAAUGUUCAGUUCGACCGGCUCUGUUGGGAAGGGGACAAGGUCAUGACGCUGAGCGUCUCCUCUGUCGCGCCUUGCCUUGACUCGGCGUUGAGCGUCGAGGAGAUGGAGAGGCUGCAGGGAGAAGGAGAGGAGUGGAGACCCCACGUUACCGUUGGGACGCGCGAUGCGGAGGUGCGACCUUUUGAGGCGAAUAGGGUUGUGAGGGUUGUGGAUACGUUGCGUAAGGAGGGAAUGCGUGGUGGGCAGGAGGGCGAGAUUGAGUGGAUCGAUUUGGAGGGGCAGAUGAGCGUGAAGGGCAGGCUGAUGGGGAUGAGCGCGUAGCGUGGCGCGGCGCAGCGCAGCGCGAGGACAAAAUGCAUGUAUCCAAGUGACGCAACUGCCAUGCCGUGCCCGCUCGUCUAUGGGUAUCAAAGAUGAUUCUAUUACCAC